GAAAACAUCCAAACGAAUUAACGAACUACGAAACAACUAACCUACAACCACCUCAAAAUACCGCACCACCUUAUCAUCAGCUUCCCGCUGAUCUUUCAGAAGAGAGCAUACGCAAAGAAGCCGCCUUGGUACUCGCUCAAGCUGAGCGUCACAAAAGUAAAGCCGAAAACGGCGACAAUAUUCCCGCAUUUAAGGUUCGUACUAAGCGCAGUAGCGAUUCGAAUCCAAACAAAUUCCAUUCACUACCAACUCGCAAGAAGAAAGCUCCGGCAAAACCACUUUCGCGCAGUGUCAGUGACGCUGCUGCUAAAAAAAGCGCUAAACGUCCUUCUAUUUUUAAUAUCUUCAGUCGGCGCAGUGACACGAACGUCAAUCAGGUAGAACGCGAUCCACGCUUUGAAGACAGCGGUGGCAGGCGCCUAGUUCGAAGUAAGAGUGAUGUUGGCUCGUACAAUAAGGCGGAGCGUAAACUCAAAAAAUCUUUAAAGGAUUCCAAACCAGCGGUUACUUCUGGUAAUCUUCAAGCUUUAAAUGGUUCGAGCAAGCAACAGCUGAUUAAUACGCCACUUAGUCCAAUUAUUGAAAACGUACAAAAGGAAGACUACUUUGCGGAGCAAUUCAACCGGGAACGUCGUAAAUCUGAGGCUAUAACCGAGCGUGAAAAACAUGAGAGUGGUUUGAAUGAAUUGCUCCAUCGUAGUCGUACGCAAGCUGCUGAAGACGGCAAUAUCUUAGGAAAGGGGCCCAUAUCAAACGGGAUACGUGAUAAAAUUCUCACAUUACAAUCCAAAUCACAAGAGAACAUGCAUAGCUCACAGUUGCCGGCACAAAAAUUACCGCUUACCAAGGGCGUCACUGUCAAUGGGCUGGCAAAGCGUUUGUCAAUGGAACGCUUUUCUCCACCACCACCACUGUCUGGUCCGGCUUUUUCAUACAUACGCCCGAAUGAGGGAAUCAUGUAUGCACAGUUGGAUCACAAUGAAGAACAAAACCAACGUCGCCAGUCACUACAUUCACCCAUCCGAGACCUGCGUACGCCGCAGCGAGAGUACCGUUCACCAGCUCGUGAUAUUAGGGAUCUACGUUCACCGGAACGCGAUCUCCUUAUGUCUGAUAUGGUGCUGGGUCGACAGUCAGUUGAUCGAACUGACUUUUCUGCUAGUCAAAACAUCUUAAAAAAUGCCAGCUAUAACACCAACUCCCAUAACCGUCGAAUUGGAAAUAGCAAUGGCAGUCGCAUUAUAAUUGAACCAUCACCACGCGCGCAUGAUGCGUAUGGAUCGCAAGCCGCCGCGGUCGGGCCCACUACCAUACGCAUCACCAAUUCGCACUCACCUUCCCCAUGGCAGCAACUUAGUCCUCGUAACUUAAGCGAUGAGGAUGAGGGAUUAGGUACGGAAACCCGGAAAUANUACGAGGAUGAAGCGCUGCCUAUUACAAAGUCUCGCGGUA